AUGGUGGUGAAUAAGCCAAGAAUAGUGAUAAUCGGGGCGGGAAUGGCAGGUUUAACAGCUGCAAACAAGCUCUACAAAUCCAGUUGUUCAAAAGAAGCAUUUGAGCUUUGUGUUAUUGAAGGUGGGAAUAGAAUUGGAGGUAGGAUUAACACUUCAGAGUUCGGCGGUGACAGAAUUGAAAUGGGUGCUACUUGGAUCCAUGGAAUUGGGGGUAGCCCAGUUCAUAAAAUAGCUCAAGAAAUCAAUUCCUUGGAAUCAGACAAGCCAUGGGAGUGUAUGGAUGGGUUUCUUGAUGACCCAAUCACCAUAGCUGAAAAUGGGUAUGUGUUAAAUCCAUCUCUUGUUCACCCUAUUUCAAAUCUCUUCAAAAAUCUAAUGGAUUUUGCUCAAGGAAAAAGGAAAUCAACUCUGGUUGGAAUCGGGAAUGGCGGAGAUGGGAUUGGGAAUAUGAGUGUUGGUUCUUUCCUUAGAAACGGUCUUGAAGAUUACUGGGAAACGGAAUCAAGAAAGGGGAGAGACGAUGUGAACGGGAAUGGGAAUUGGAAUCGGAAGUUGUUAGAAGAAGCAAUUUUCGCAAUGCAUGAAAACACUCAAAGAACUUAUACAGCUGCUAAUGAUUUGUUGAAUCUUGAUUAUAACGCAGAGAGUGAAUACGUCAUGUGUCCUGGUGAAGAAAUCACUAUCGCUAAAGGAUACUCAAGCAUUAUACAAUCAUUGGCAUCUGUUUUACCAUCUGGCGUCAUUCAAUUAGGUAAAAAAGUUGCCAAAAUUGAGUGGAAUCCCGAAUGUGAAUUGGGAAUAACAACAGAAAAUGGUCAUGAAGGUAGAAGACCAGUGAAGCUACACUUUCUCGAUGGUACAACUCUAUCAGCCGACCAUGUUAUUGUCACAGUUUCAUUAGGUGUACUCAAAGCCGGAAUCCGUGAUUCCAACGAUUUGGGUAUGCUAAAAUUCAAUCCCCCGCUUCCAGAUUACAAGAUUGAAGCCAUUUCAAGACUUGGGUAUGGUGUAGUCAACAAGCUUUUCUUGCAACUAAGUCCGGAUUACACAGAUUUCGACCAAUUCCCAUUUCUACAAUUCCUAUUCCACCAAAGUGAUUCCGAAGUUAAGGACCCGAGAAUCCCAUGGUGGAUUAGGAGAACAGCUUUUGUCUCACCAAUUUAUAAGAAAUCAAGAGUGUUAUUAUCUUGGUUUGCAGGUGAAGAAGCACUAGAGCUAGAAACACUCCCAAAUGAAGUGAUUCUUGAUCAAGUCUCCACAGCUUUAUCUACCUUUUUGCCAAAUUCGUCGGAUUCCCAUGAACAAUGUAAUGGGAAUGGAAUCAAGAACUCAUCAAAAUUGAAACUUGUUAAGGUUUUGAAGAGUCAAUGGGGGCAUGAUCCACUCUUUAUGGGGUCAUAUAGUUAUGUUGCAGUUGGUUCAAGUUGUAGUGACAUGGACACAUUGGCUGAGCCAUUACCUAAAACUGGUUCGCAGUCAGAGUCACAGUCACAUCAGCUUCAAAUUCUAUUUGCUGGGGAAGCAACACAUAGAACUCGUUACUCUACAACUCAUGGUGCUUAUUUUAGUGGUAUUAGAGAAGCCAAUAGGCUUCUUGAGCACUAUCAUUGUAUGGAUUAG